CGUAUUCUAUAUCAACGCGAAGGUCAUACGAAAUCGCCGACUAGAAUACGCUUUCACGGCUCUAAAGGCCAGUAUGUGUUAAGCGCUGGUCUGGACUCAAGUUUGAGAGCAUUUUCAAUAUUCUCUGAGCGAUUGAAUCGUAACCUCGGAGUCGCCUCUUAUAAUAGGAAAGUGUCUAAAAAGAAAGGCGUCCGCAAAGACCCCAAACGUAUGAAACCGAUCAUCGAUUUCACGGCCGAAACGAAUCGGGAGAAGGAAUGGGACGGAAUCGCUGCGUGUCAUCGAGGUCUAAAUCUGGUGACCACGUGGUCUUUUGACACUUGUAAAAUGGGUCGACACAAACUCCUACACAAGCGUUUUACCGCUGAAUACAAUGUGGUCGCUUUGUGCGUUUGUUUGAGUUGUUGUGGAAAUUUUGUUAUAAUUGGUUACAAUACGGGUCAUGUGGACAGAUAUAAUAUACAGUCGGGUAUUCAUAGGGCC